AUGGAGCCCUCGCGCCCCAAUGAUAGAAAGAUGCGCGGCUCCAGAGACGUUAAAAAGGGCGAGGGCAACGCCGAAAAAGGACGAAAACGUUCCAAGAGAGGAAGGUCCAGAGCGCACAACACAGUUCAUGUGGAGGACCGUGUUUCUCAGCCUACUGAGAUUUAUGGUGCGGAACCAGGUGGCUUUCAUGACGAUGAGAGUCAGGAGCUGCGCAGCCUUUCAAGCGGACAAGCCGGGAGUUCCAAAAUGGUGCGAAACAGAGACGCUGAUUUAGAUGUCGAUGCCUCUUUCAGUAGCAGACCUGAGUCUUCACACGGACGUAACUCGUCAAAGGAUUCCGUUGACUCUGGGGACCGAGUUGCCACCGUCGAGAACGACAGCUCAGAAGAGCUCCCGGAUGGAGAAUCUUCAGACAAUGGAGAGCUCUUGCCUGCAGAUUACCAACCGCCAUCUCAUCAAAUCUCAUCUGGAGGAAGCGACUACUCACUUGACGAGGCUGAGAGUAGCUACUUGCCAAUUAGUCAAUCAAUGCAUGGAACAGCGUUGGUAGGGGACAGCUUGGGCCAGCCCUCAAGCCCAAGGAAACGGAAGUCGACAUCAGAACAUAGAGAUAUGGAUUUCAGGCCACUCAAAAAAGCCAAGGGUGCGUUCAAUCGCGCUUUUCUGGAAAUCUUAAACGAGGACAUUGAGCACGCGGCUGCUCAGUAUGUCCCUCUCGGGCGCGAGACAACGGACGAGAGAAUUGGCCUGCCAGCAUCGCAGAUCGGCAUGGUAGUCUGGACAGUUAUGGAAAAAGAGCGCUUCUUCGAGGCCCUCGGUCGCCUUGGUCAGGACGAUACAGAAGGUAUUGCGCGACGGAUUCGCACCAAGGGAGAGAUGGAGGUCAGGCAGUACUUGAGAUUGCUCCAGGACGCGCUCGCUCACCGGCGGCAACAGAAUGAGCUCGAUCCUUUGGAGUUGGCAGACUUUCCGGCAGCUGUCGAACUCAGCCACGAGUGCUGUGAAGCGUUGGAGGAAGCGGCAGACAGUCUUGCGCUUAGACAGGAGCACUCUGAGCAGACUUCGGAACAGCAUAAGCAUGGAAGCGACUGGUUGGUCUCGCAAGAGAAGUGCAGAGAGGCAACCCAAGACGAGACAGUGGACGGAGUGCUCAUGCCAACAUCAGUUCUGAACGUACCAAGCUGGUUGCAAAUUUCGGAGCGACUCUUCAUGAACGGCACAGCAGAAGAGAGGAACUGGCAGUUUGUAGACGGGGACCAUCCUUCGAUUCGGCGUGCGACACUCGAGGACUUCUACUCGCUUGUGCUGACGUUGACAAGACGACUUGUGGCGGCAAGCAUCUACGUGGCGGGGUCGCGCACACGAGCUGAGCGCGGAUACAACGCAGAUACGCAAAACAACGUGUACCGGAAAGACGUCCGUGCCGCCGCCCUUUCCUUGGGCUUGAAGACGGAGAAGCAGCCCGUGUUGGCGGGAUCCGCCAGACGCCUGGGGCUGCAUGUUUACGAGAAUCCACCAAGACCCACCGAAGAGGAAGACGGGAUGGGCAUCAUGUCAUAUGAUGCCGUUGAGCACGCAUUGGGAAUCAAUGGGCAGCAAGAUGUCAACAGGAUCAGGCAUAAGAUACAGCGAAUAGCACUGUCUUCGAAAGAGGAAUCCGUCUCGCCUCAUGCACCGGCAUACAGCGACAAUGAGACAGGCUCGGUGGACUCAGAAGGUGGUGACUCAACCUACGAAGUCGAGGAUGAAGACAGCGAGGACGAUGACAUCAAGGCCGAGGCAGACGAGAUCAUGCUGUACUCAGCGGUCGAUCAGCCGCAGACGAAGAGAGACCGCGAGGCACUGUUCCGCAGGAUCAAGGCCGAGAGGGAGCAGGAGAGUUAUGCCGACGCCAUGGACGCCCAGGCGUCAUACCAGGAGGAGAGGCGAAUGUGGGAAGUGCUGGCGAGGCUUCCUUCGCAGCCUUUGGUUGACCCUGGGCUGCCUCCGGGCGGGCGCCGAUUGAAGGUUUCAGUGGACGCGGCGUAUUCCGUGGGGAAGAAUUGGAGGGCCCAUACGAAAGGGGCGAGUGAGUGGGAAUCACGAUACCAACCGCGAUGA